GCCGAACUGCUGCUUGUCGAUCCAUGUGGGUCAAGGGUCCAGCCGUCCGCUUAAAUUGCCUCGACGCUGCAGGACCAAUGAAGGGCCAGCCGGCUUCUCUAUCUUGCACUGCCAUGCGCACGAACACCCCGGGAGUAGCGCCAUUUGCAGAAAGGGGUGGCGGCGUCCAUCAGGUGCGCCGGCCUGGAUGUGUAAUAAUUAAACCUCCCAAGGGGGGAUAUCCACCCUUCCCCAAAGGCUCCUUAAAACGGGCCGGACUCCCCCUCUGGAGCGAGGGCUUUGAGUUUUUCGUGUUUUUCGGGAGGUUCAUCCCGCCCUUUUCCACCCGCCACCAUGGCGCAACAUCCACGCUCCGGUUUUGUUGGACGUUUCAUGAAUCUUUUGCCUCGCGCACAACGUGAGCAACAUGAGCAGCCUCAUUUUCCCCCCAUGACCUCACCGGGGGCUUAUCCCCCGACGGCGCCUGGGAUGCUGCCGGGCGGAGAUUUGGAGGCAAUGGGUGCCGCCGCCAUGCCACCUCCUGUCCCCCCGCCGCCGUCGCCGCCGCAGCAGCAGCAGCCACAACAGCAAUACCACCAACCCUACCACCAACCGCAACAGCAACCACAACAGCAACACCACAACCCCUAUGACCAACAGCAGCAACAACAGCAGCAGCAACAACAACAACAACCCCGCCAACUGACCAUCUCCACUACCGACAUCGGUUCCCUCAUCCCGCCGCAGGACAAAUUGCUCGUCUUCCGCGCGUUGACGGGGAUCGACAGCAUCCCCGCGCUAACGACGCUGCACCACUACCGCCGCACGGCGCCCAACAUCGGCAUCUACACGCGCGUCGUCAAGGCGGAGCACUCGGCGGGGCGGCGCUACCGGUUUUUCAGUGUGCUGAUCAACGUGUGCCUGGGGAUCCAGAUCGUGGUGGCGGCGGCCCUGACGGCGCUGGGUGCCGCCAGCGGGCCGCACUCGGCGGUGACGGCGUUCGGGGCGAUCAACACGAUCAUGGCGGGGGUGCUCACCUACCUGAAGGGCUCGGGGUUGCCCGACCGGCUGAAACAUUACCAGAACGAGUGGCGCAAUAUCCGCGAGUACAUCGAGCAGCGCGAGCGCGAGCUGUGUCUAAGUGGCUGCGAGCUGGACAUCCAGGAGGAGAUCCACAUCAUCGAGUACAUGUACGAGGGGGUGAAGCGCGAAAUCGACCAGACGAAGAGCACGGAGAACCGGGCGGCGCCGCGCGAGGGGGGGCCGAACCGCCGGAUGUUCUAUCCGCAGCAUAGACCGCAGCAGGUGCAGCAUCAGAUGCAGCAGCAACAGCAAGGGCAACAGGGUCCGAUGUAUCCCCCACCGCAGCCACACUCGCCGCAUCCCAGUGAACCGUAUGUAGUGGAGAGGGUUCGGAGUCCAGCGCCGACGGAGGGGAAGCCGUGACGUGAUUGUGGCGGUGACUGCUGGCUGCUGGCUGCUGGUUGCAAUAUGAUGCAUAGUAUGACUGAUAGUAAUGACUUGUCCUAAUUUGAGUAUGCAUCAUCUAAUCCUAAUCAUCUUUCCUUCGAUCGAAUUGAUUGAAGUAUGAACGGG